AUGUCCCGUAAAGUCACGGAACAAGAAAAAGAAGCCAUCAGAGAAUGGAUUGAAAAGGUUACUGGAGAAAAGUACUCAAAACCGAACGAUCCCUACACUUCAUUAAAAGAUGGCGUUUUAUUAUGUGGUUUAAUCUCAGCUCUCCGAUGUACCAAAAUGCCCACUUACAACAAGGAAACCAAAGGUGUCAUGUUCAAAGAAAUGGAAAAUAUUGCCUAUUUCAUGCAACAAGUUCAAAAAGUGGGAAUUAAACUCGAUUGGACUCUAAAAGCUCUUCACAAGAAUGCUGACAUGAAUGCAGUUCUGUUAUCUAUUAUUGAACUAUCGAAUCAUGUAAAAGCAAAUAACACUGAAGGAUAUAAGGGACCAUUUUUGGAUUUACCAUCCGAAAGUUCUGCCACGACAACAUCAUCCACAUUGACUACUACUACUGCCACGACAACAUCAAAUGUUGUAUCGACUCCGACAAUUGUGAAAAAAUCAUCUGUGACAACUGCCACCACCUCAUCCGAUUCUUCAUCGGAAUCUCCAACAACAUCGGGAGCCACUUCAAGAAUUAGAAGAUUCUUUGGAGGAGGAAACAAACAAGAAGAUCCAUCAACAACUACAUCACCUUCUUCUCCUUCAGUUUCUUCCACAACCAAAUCAACAACUUCACCCAGUGUGACAUCGGUGUUGAAAAAAGAUGACAAAAAUUUAACGAGCGGAUCUUCACCUGCAAUGACAACCUCUUCUCCAACAACACCUGUGAAAAGUAGCAAUGUGAGCUCAAGCUCGAAUUUACCAAAAACUUCAUCAUUGGCCAAUAAUUCUUCAUCUUCUUCACUUUCGAAAAUUUCAUCUUCAAAUUCAUUGCACUCGUCGUCCUCUCCUUCCAGAAGAUCUUCAGUUUCUCCAGAAGAUGACUCGGAUGAAGACGAUGACAUUAUUGAAGAAGAAGUUUUGGUACAGAUUGCAAAAUUGAAAGAAAAUAUUGAAAAUCCAACACCAGAGUAUUUGAGAUCUUUAAAUCAAAAGUUAGAAGGAAAAACCUUGAAAUGGUGUAACAAAUUUGUGAAUGAGAAGGGAUCAUUCUAUUUGGGAGAAAUUAUUUUACAAGCAAACAAACCAUUUAAAGGAGCUAACGAAAAAAGUAUUCAAGAACAAGCUUUGAAUUGUUGUAGCACGUUGAUCGAUCUUGGAGCUCUUAAUGGAUUUAUCAAAUAUCCAUCGACUGUGAAUGCUAUUGCAAGACUGUUGAAUAAUAAGGAAUCCAUCAAAACAAGAAUGACAGCGUUAGAGGCACUUACGUUAAUUUGUACUUCUAGUGAACUUGGAUUUUGGGCAGUCUUGGAAGCAUUGAACCAAUACAAACUUGAAUACAAGGAAAUUAAGAGAUUUUCAGAUCUCGUUGAUGCACUGAAGAAUGAAAAGGAUGAAAAGCUCAAAGCAUUUAUUUUGGCACUUUUUAACUCAUUAAUCAAUUCUCCUCAAGAUACUUCCAUCAGAAUGUUGUUGAGAAAUGAACUCAAAACUUUUGGAUUGGAUGAUUUAAUGACCAAACUUCAAAAAGAUGCUGAAAAUGAUGUCAUUAAGGAUCAAAAUCUGAAACAUCAAAUAAGAUCCUUUGAGGAAGAAAUGAUGUCUGGAUUCAUGGAUGACGAUGAAGAAGAGGAAUCCAGUGAUGAUAAUUUGAAUGUGAAAUCUCUGACUGAUCCUCUUCAAAUUUCCAAAUUAUUGUUGAUUCGAUUAGGUGGUAGCAGUGUUGGUUUCACACAUUAUCGAAAUAUUUUGAGACAUUUAUUGGAUUAUUCACAAACAUUGCUCAAAGAUUCAUCAGAGAGUGCAAAGAAUGAAAAAACUCUUUUGGACAGUUGGAAGAGUAUUGAUAACAUGCUGUAUUCACUGACUCAUGAUUCCAUGUUUUCUGCCAAACUGGAUCCAAUUCCAGAUGUACUCAAAUCUGAGAAGAUGGCUAAAAUUCUACUUCAAAAGAGUAAGAAAAAGUGUGAUGAUUUAACAUUGGAAUUGGAAACUCUUAAAAAGGGAGGUGUCACCUCUUCUUCCAAAUUAGAUCCAACUCUUAAAUCUCCAUUCGAAGAAUUAGAAAGACAAAAUAAGGAAUUGUUAAAAGCCAUUCAAGAUCGAGAUUUAUUGAUUGAAGAAUUGAAGAGAAAUGGUGGAAUCGUUGGGAACAAUGCAUCUUCUGGUGCAAUUGAUUCAUCUUCCUCGUCGAUUCCUCCUCCUCCACCUGGAAUGGGUGGAUCAACGGGUGACAUUCCACCUCCACCACCUGGUAUGGGUGUUCCUCCUCCUCCAGGUAUGAGUGGUAGCGUCCCUCCUCCACCUGAAACAAAAGUUGCAAGCACCAUUUGGAUUAAGGAAGGACUUGCUGAAAAGACUAAGGAAGUUGAUUUGAACACAAAUGAAUUGGAAGAACUCUUCUCGAACGUUCCAAAAGAAAAGAAGGAAGAGAAAAAGGAACGUAAAAAGAAAGACUAUGUCACUUUUAUUGAUCCACAAAAAUCCAACAACUUGUCCAUUAUUUUGGGUUAUUUACGUCUUGAAUAUUCUGAAAUUAAGAAUGCCAUUUUGGAAAUGGAUGAAGAAGUACUCACUCAACAAAAUAUUGAAUCACUCAAAGAUAAGACUCCAACCGAUGAAGAAAUUCAAGCAAUUUUGGCCUACGAUGGAGAUCGUGACUUGUUGGCAGCAUCAGAUAAAUUCUAUUUGGCCAUUAAGGACGUUCCUCGAUUACAAAGUCGUUUGAACUUUUGGGCCUUUAAAUCCAAAUUUGAAAAUACCAUACCAGAAAUUAUUCCAGAUUUGGAAACCUUACAUUAUGCCUCUCAAGAAAUUCUCAGAAGUAAGAAAUUCAAAGAUUUAUUGACCAUUGUUUUAGCCAUGGCAAACUUUUUGAAUGCCAACUCAUCCAAGAAAGAUGCCUAUGGUUUUACAUUGGGAAGUUUAAACAAACUCAAAGAAACCAAAGCCAUCGAUGGUAAAACCACUCUUCUUCAAUACAUUGGUAUUCACUGUAUGGCCAAGAAUCCAGAUGUUUUGAAAAUUAGAGAAGAUUUUGGUAAUUUGGCAGAUGCCAUUCGAAUUUCCUUACCUGAUGUGAAUACUGAAGUUGUGAAACUUCGAGAAGGUGUUGCUUCUCUCGAAAAGGAAUUACAACUUCCAGAUUGGAAGAACAAACAAUCGGAUAAAUUCUACAGAACCAUGACCGAGUUUUUAAAGGUAGCCAAGAAUGACAUGCAUGUGGUGAGUGUCAUUUCAUCGAAACUUGAACAAAGUUUGAAAACCAUAUGUGAACAAUUUGCUGAGGAUGAUAAGGUCGUGUGUAAGAAUCCUACCGAUUUAUUUGGACAAGUAUUUUCAUUCCUCGAUGCUUUCAUGACAGGUUUUGAGGAAUACAUUCGACAGAAACUUGCCGAACGAAAGAAGAGACAAAAGAAGGAACGUCAACGACAAUUACAACGACAACAACAACAAAAGAUGUUGGAAGAGAAACAAAAUCGACUCAAACAAUCCGAAGAAGCCAUGAGAGAACGAAAACAAAGUAUCAUGAGUGGACAAGCUUUUAAGGAUCGAAGAGAGAAUCGAAUCAUGAUGAAACCUAAUCAAGCACAAGAAAACUCUCUUCCAUUUGCUGUAAAUCUGAGAAAAACGACAAGAGAAGAACCUCAGCAAUAA